AUGGCUAGUUACCUUAUCACCGGUGCAUCGCGGGGCAUUGGGCUUGAGCUCACCAAACAGCUGCUCGAGCUGCCGGUGUCCCAAGUCGGCAAGGUCUUCGCCGUCACUCGUAGUGGCCCAUCCGCUCCUCUACGGGGCCUCAUAGACAGGAAUCCAGAUCGCGCCACUCACAUCAUCGCCUCGGUCGACGACACGGAAAGCGUCCAGAGAGCAGCCAGAGACGUCAAGGCGAAGCUCGGUGGCCAGGGACUGGACGUCCUGGUCAACAACGCGGGCCAACAGGCAAUCAGCCCCGGCGGCACCAAGACCGCCCCGCCCGAGCAGCUGGCGCAUCUGUUCGACGUCAACGUGAUCGGCCCGCAGAGAGUGACCGCUGCGUUCCUGCCGCUCCUCGAGGCGGGCAACCAGAAGAAGGUCAUCAACGUUACAUCUUCGAUGGGAUCGAUCGCAUGGGUGGACAGAUACAAGUGUGCGCCAUCUCCGGCCUACAAGAUCUCCAAGGCUGCCCUGCACAUGUUGAACGCGCAGUACGCGUUGGAUCACGCAGAGGCUGGUUUCACCUUCCUCUGCGUCUCUCCCGGAUGGCUGAAAACCGAUCUGGGUGGUGAGUAUGCUGACUUCGAUGUUGGGGUUGGCGUUACCGAGCUCAAGAGGAUCAUCCUCGAGUCAACCAAGGCACAGAACGGCAAGUUCCUCAACAUCCUCGUCCCCGGAGAAGAGAAAUCGAGGGGCCAGUACGAUGGAGGAGAGAUCCCGUGGUAG